AACCACCAGAAAUCCGCACAAACUCUCGCCCGCGCCGCCCGUCCGUUCGGACGCCUCGCACGCCCCAAAAUACCCCAGCUGCGUGCUGCGCUCCCAAAGCCACCCGCCGGCGGCCCCCCGCUACAAAAGCAGGCGGCUGCGCGUGCGCCACUGGUAGCAGGCUUGCUGCCUGAGUGAGCCAGGGCGCCUCGGUGAGCACUGGAGCAGAGAGGAGGGCACAGGAUAGGGAUGGCGGCGGUGGUGGAUGGGGUGCGGCACCGGACGGUGGAGGCGAACGGGGUCCGCUUGCACGUGGCGGAGGCGGGGCCCGAGGGCGGCGCCGCCCCCGCGGUGCUGCUCCUGCACGGCUUCCCGGACCUCUGGUACGGCUGGCGCCACCAGAUGGCCGCCCUGGCGGCGCGGGGCUACCGCGCCGUGGCGCCCGACCUCCGCGGCUACGGCGACUCCGACGCCCCGCCCGACGCGUCCGCCUACACCACGUUCCACGUCGUCGGCGACCUCGUCGCGCUCAUCGCCGACCUCGGCCAGCCCCAGGUGUUCGUGGUGGGGCACGACUGGGGCGCCAUCGUGGCGUGGCAGCUAUGCCUGCUCCGGCCGGACCUGGUGCGGGCGCUCGUGAACCUCAGCGUCGUGUACCACCCGCGGCGGCCGGAGGGGAGCCCGCUCCAGACCAUCAAGGCCGCCUGCGGGGAAGACCACUACAUGUGCCGCUUCCAGGAACCUGGAGUUGCUGAAGCUGAAUUCGCUCAAUAUGAUGCCAAGUAUAUUUUUAAUAAGACAUUUGGCAUGCGCAAGCCAGCUCCUCUUAUUCUACCCAAGGACAAGAGCUUCUUUGACUCACUUGAUUCAGACGGAACAUGCCCUCCAUGGCUAUCAGAGGAAGAUAUUUCCUACUAUGCAGAAAAAUUUUCAAAGACAGGCUUUACUGGAGGAUUUAACUACUACAGAUGCAUGGACCUGAAUUGGGAGCUUUCUGCACCAUGGACUGGUGCUCCGAUAAAAGUUCCAACAAAAUUCAUUGUUGGGGACCUGGAUAUUACGUACAACACUCCGGGGGUACAGGAUUACAUCCACAAGGGUGGCUUCAAGGCAAGCGUACCAAAACUGGAGGAUGUUGUUGUUAUGGAGGGAGUGAGCCACUUCAUCAAUCAGGAGAAGCCUAGUGAGGUCUCUGAUCACAUCUGUGAGUUCUUUAGCAAGUUCUGAUAUAACGAAAUCCUAUGAAGCCUAUAGGCUUUAGGGCUGCUUAUGUGGCAAAUACAGUUGUGGGAUCACCAUACUGAAUCAUAUAAAUAAAAUACAAUUUCUCUCUUGGAGCAGAAUUUGUGUGGGUUCCCACUUCUUGGAUCUUGCACAGUGCUUGCUAUUUCCUCGCACUGGAGCAAAAUGUAGCCAGCUUGGAAUGUACGAGCUGAUACUAGCUGAAACCCAAAUAAAUCCACCAAUUGCGUA